UGAGUCGUUGCGUUGCUAGCGUUCGCAGUGGCUUUGUUAGGGCGAACGAACGACUGUCGAUAUUUUUGUGUACUCUCGUAUCGUAGGCGAGUGUUUUCCCUCGAAUCCGUCCCCACCAGUAUCUCGUAACGCAAGCGGCACAGGAACGUGAAGUUGCUAGGAAAGAAAUAACACAAAAAAAACCCCAAAGGAACAAAUCAACUUCACGCAAGGUGAAACUUUUUUGAUCGAGUUACCGUUACGAGUGGUGGGAAAAUUGAAAAUAAAAAGGUUCACCAUCCGGUAUGUGUCAUACGGUGGGAAGAAAAACUGCCCAAAACAGGUGAACAGGUUAGAUAAGUUGCUGCAGUACCGAGGCGGGGGAAAAAGUUUAAAUCCUUCCCUGUAGCCUCUAUACCCAUUCCUGUCCUCAAGGUUGAAGGGAAUGUAAAAUCGGAAGGAUUUAUUAGUGGUGAAUGUGCGUCUCUGUGUGUCUGCGAUUACAUUAAGAAAGUGUGACAAAAAACGGAAAAAGGAAAAAAAUCAUUUCAAACAAGGAGACAUCACGCGUAUGUUUAUUUAUAGCAAAAGGUGAAAGUAGUGACGAUCGGGAAGCAUUUGUGAUAAACAGGGUUCGCUUAGUAUAAACCGCGGACUGAAACGGACACUCACUAUCUGACGUUUCGCCGCUAUAACGUCCAGCAGCUGUGCGAGAUCGUGUAGCUGACCCUGCCGUUGCCCGAUCCGAACAACGACCGACGCAAGCAGCAUGUUUUUCUUUCUGUUCUUCGCAUCCGAUGGGUGCAAAAAAGUGUGUCACAUUUUAUCGCAACUGGUCGCCGCCUGCCUCCGGAAGUAUCGUAGCGGCGGCGCCAACGGUCAGUGGAUAGGGGUGAAAGUGUAAAGAGGGGGCCACCGGAAUGGCGGCGUGUGUCCGUGUGUCGUUUAAGACGGCGGAAGUGUUUUGCGUGUGACAGCGGUUUCAGUUCAGUAGUGUGACGGUCGCCGGCUUCGCUGGAGCUAACUUGCUAACGAUCGUUGGUGCGUUGGUGGUGUUGUGCACGUGGAUAGGCGUUUCUUAGCGUCCCUCAAAACCUAUCCAGCGGAAAGUGAAGGUUCCAUUGUGUUGUUGGGCUAUUCGUGUAGGUACAGUGAGAAGUGUGGUAAUCCUUCUUUAGCGGUGAGCAUCUUCCACGGAAUAUCCGCUCAAUUCCGGAAGCGAUGGGAAGGUUUUAGUGGCGCGAAGAAUCCGUACGUCCGGUAUUAUUCAUUCCAGCCGCCAUUGUGCAGUUCGGUUAGCUUUUUGCGCUUGGCAUCACAGGGGGUGAUGCGACCAAAUGAGUCGUGCCUGAGUGUGUCGUGAACGUAUGAUUAAGUGUGCUGGUGUGUGCUCUUUGGUUGAGAAGGUCGAACGGCGCACCAGUCAGCUGCAGUGCUGUCAACCGAGUGGGCUCUAGUUCAAGCAGCACUAAGUGUGUCAGCAUCCAAACGCUCGCGGUCUGGGAGCGUUGAUUUCCUACAUUCUACAAAAAAAGGCGGUGGUCUAGGGUAAACCGUUCAGCAAACGGGCUAACGUGUGAUAGAAACCAAACCAACAACAACAAAAAAACACACGAAGUGCUUGCGAACAACUGCAAGAACUGACUGGCGAGUCAGUUUCAUUUCACUAUCAGAAAACCACGGGACGGGAAGUUGUAAAAACGCCAUCUCGUGAACGUGAACAAGCAACAAAAAAAAAUAGCUCUCACAUCGAGUUUUUGGGGAGCGUGUGGUGGCACACUGUGAAAUUGAAAUGUCAAUCGUGAUAGCCUCCAACGCACUCGCAGCCAUCAUUUGCAACCUUUCCACGUGAAGCCUUUAGUUGGAGGGUUCACCUUUCUGGUUUUUUUUUUUCAAAACAUAUCCCACUUUCCCUGGCCACCGAGCGAUGGAACGCGCCGACACGAGGGCAUCGAAAAUGAGUUCUCGCAAGUCAUUGGCACCCGCCGAGAGAGAAGCGGCACCGAAAAAUGCUGACCUGUCAGCAACACCAUCCACGGCUGUUCCCGCAUCGCACCGCCGAUCGAACCGGAAACCAUCGAAAAAAGACACGGUCGAUGUGAAACCGGUGGAGCUCACACAAACCACGCUCAACCUAUGCCAGGUGUAUGUCCUGCUGGCGGUGCUGCUGAGCGGCAUGUUCGUACUAUCUGCAGCUCUACUAGCUUACGUCGACCGACGGUUACCACCGACGGAUGUAGGACGUACGUCACCAUCGCUGGAGGAGGAAGUUCACCGUCAGGUCGAAACGAUCCUGAGCAACUACUGGAAGAGUAACAUCGAUAAAUUGAGCGCAGAUCUGCUGGCGCACACGAGACGUACCGCGCCAGAACUUAGCACUUCAUUGCCUUACUUAGUAGCGAAUCAGAGAGUACAAAACGAACGGAAGCUGCCGUUCCGGGAAACGUCUGGCCGGCCGAAGCGCGAUUUAAGCCUGUUUGACGAUAAUCUGGUCCCGGAUCAGGAAGGUCCGAACGUGGAGUUCUUCAAUCCGAAGCUACGAUCGGAGCUGGAGAAGAAGGAUGCGGAGAUUAUAAAGAAGACGGGCUUGAAGGGUGCCGCUCCUGGUGGUGAUAGUUGGGUUUGGCUGACGAGCUACUCUCGCAUACCGUUUGACGCCAUUACCGGCUUUUGCCGAGCGACGAAAGAGUACUGUCCACCCGGACCCCCCGGUCUGCCCGGUAUACCGGGACCGAAAGGAAAUCGGGGCGACCCGGGACUUCCUGGUCCUCCCGGUGUAGAUGGACGCGAAGGCAAACCAGGCCCACGUGGACCGAAGGGUGAGAUUGGCUAUCCGGGCAAUCCGGGACUGGACGGGCGCGAUGGUGUACCGGGUGAACCGGGCUUAGAUGGUGUUCCAGGCCGUGCCGGAGCCGAUGGAAUUCCGGGCAAGGAUGGUAAAGAUGGAAUUCCUGGCAUUGAUGGGCGUAACGGUAUCGAUGGCAAAGAUGGAUUAGCAGGACCGAUUGGGCCACCGGGACCACCAGGAUUGCCUGGACCGAGAGGAAUACACGGACCGAAAGGUAAACAAGGCCGCCCGGGAACGAACGGAACGCCCGGCACACCAGGCAUAAACGCGUGGAAGGUAAAGGUGAACGAUACGUUCUCGAACGAGCUGCUCGUACCACCGUCGAUUGCCGGUGCCGGCACCGUGGAGGCACUGCGACCCAUCAUCGUCCACGAGGGAACACACCUGCGGCUACGAUGUGCCGCCACCGGCACACCAAGACCACACGUCGAAUGGCGCCGCGCUGAUGGCAAAACCAUCUCCAACGGUGCCUGGGAAGCAACAUCGAUGGCAGGACAUACGCUCAACAUUACCAAAAUCAAUCGCGUGCACAUGGGCGCGUACCAAUGCCUGGCGGACAAUGGUAUCUCACCACCGGCGAACCAAACGUUCAACAUCGAAGUGCAUUUUCCACCACUAAUACGUGUGAGAAAUCAGAUGGCGUACGCGGUGAACGGUUCCACGGUAACGUUUGUCUGUGAGAUCGAGGCAUUCCCCGAGGCACUGAAGUACUGGGAACGGUUCCCGGGAGGACGGCUGCUCGAACCUGGUGAUAAAUUCCAGAUGGAAACCCAUUACGAUGGCUACAAAUCGGUUAUGCGGUUGAACAUCACCAACAUCCGGUCAACCGAUUUCGGUGAGUAUCAUUGCGUCGCUAAGAACGAGCUCGGCAUGACGGAGGCCGAAUUUCAUCUGAUGGAACACUCACCGUUCAUCAUCCGGCCACCCGGUUCGACCGACAUCAACGUGUACGGUACGAAACCACCGGAAAAGGAAUCGUACGAGGACAUCUGUGGCCCACCGACUACCUGCCCCGAAUGUCCCGAUCCGAGGGACUUCAAGUGCAAGGAUACGAUCGUUUCGCUGUACGAUUUGGUGGGCAAUCUGGAAAUUAAACCCAUCGGUAAUGUCAGCUUCACGGGUUUACCAAACCGUACUACUGACUGUGUCCUGUACGCUGUGGGUAAACCGGUGUACCACAAGUACACCGAGCAGCUGUACGGCGCAUGGUUGAAGGAUCCGGCCGCACGUAACGAUGCGAUGGAGAAGAAGGUAUGGGCCACCCGGGAAAAUGAUACCAAUCGGUUGUUCGAGUUCGCCAACAAAACCACGUACCGGAACAACGUGGCCACCAAGACGUACCGGCUGGAGCGUCCCUUCCGGGGCAAUGCACACGUGGUCUACAAUGGUUCAUUCUACUACAACGAGCGUAACUCACCGCGUAUCAUCAAGUACGACCUGAACGUAGAACGACAGACAGCAAUGAACGAGCUGGAAGGCGUCACGACGAACGGUUCCAAUUAUCUUUACACCACCGAAAUUAAUUACAUGGACUUUAACGUGGACGAUAAUGGGCUGUGGGUCAUUUACGGGACGCCAGAUUCGAACAACACAAUGGUUGUCAAGCUGAACGAGAACAACCUGACGGUACAGUACGGUUGGAACAUUAGCGUAAACCAUCACAAGGUGGGCGAAAUGUUCAUCGUUUGUGGUGUCCUGUACGCGAUCGAUUCCGUCACGGAGCGGAACACCAAGAUACGGCUCGCGCUCGAUCUGUACCACAGCAAGCUGCUGGACGUAAGCCUAGCCUUUACGAACCCGUUCCGCAAGACUACCACCGUGGGAUACAAUUUCAAAAACAAGGAACUGUACACAUGGGACCGGGGCAAUCAGUUGACCUAUCCGAUACGGUACCACGAGAUAGGCUACAAUACGACCGCCACCGAGAAAGCGGACGAUGGUUUGAAUCCACAGAUGCAGACCGGAUACGACAUUUACAACGAUCACGACACUGAAGCGGAGGAUGUACGCUAGGUUGAUACGACGGCAAAGCACAGCGGAAGCAUGGGAAGCAGAACAAAAAAAAAAAAAAGAACGACACACCAUGACAGGUCAACUUCACUUCCGCUUAAAUGCCACGGUGCCAUCUUUUCGUACCGGUUGGCUUCUUUUGGUACCGCUAUUUUUUUUUCUUCCCCCGUUUUUAUCCCUUUGUUCCGUGUUUUAUUUAUGUCCUUCUUUGAUAGCGACAGCGUGAGGGAAAGAAAUCUUUUCUUUUUGUUUUCAUUUCGUAGCAAAAAUAUGUAAAUUCUUUGCGACAGUAUCAAGUGAAGGUGACUAACUUUUUUAUGACUGGCACAUAUUUAUGGCUGGUCGAGGAACGAACGCGACGAAACGCUAUGUGGCGAAUGAAUUUAUUCAUCCCACAAGCACCAUGUUUACAAAGGAAGUAAUAGAGACAGAAUAAGAAGAG